AUGCAUUUUUUCGAAUAUCUAACCCAUCCAAAGCUGCUUGGACAUGCGGGUCUCAUGAUUCCGUUAACUAUUCAAGCAGCCCUACUACAUCCUUACUAUCAACAAAAUGUGACAUCUUCUGUGGUCAGGAGGUCGCUUAUUCCAAUAGCGGUGAUCAUGGCUUUCGUGACCGCACCCAUGCGCAAAUGGCUGCCACUGGAAGAUUCAAUGAUGGUCAACUUUUGCUUUGUCUCUCUGGUGACCUUCCAUGCAACUUGUCUGGCAUUCGAGUAUGGGUUACAUGAGGGACCAGUUUUGGGACCCAAAUGCGAGCUUGAGGAGGUCGAACUAAGCGGCGAAGAAAAUCACACUAGCAUUUCACCCGAAGACUUGAUCAAGUCACAAUCCAUCGGAACCACAGAAGCAAGAAAACGUACUAAUAAUCACGCAAGUACCGAUGGCGAAACAAAAUCGACAACUAUGACGGGCGAUAGUAGUGAAUCAAACGUCAAAAACUCGCCGACCAAGAAAAAGGAACAACUCGUGAAGCCAUCAACUGGCGAACUUGUGCGAUUCGUGCUAUGGCUUCUAUUCAGUCCUCGUGGGCUCGAAUGCCAAUGGGCUCCUCAUCCAUCCAUCGUCACCUUUCGAAAACCAAUAUCAACUUCUACGUUUAUUCUUCGAGAAACUCUUGGUCGAGUUUUUGUCCUUCAUGCCUACGGAACUGUGUGUUGGGCCCUCGCCACCUGCGCCUUCCACCAUCCCCAAGGGUUUUAUGGAAUCAUCAAGGAUGUGACUGGUUUAUCGGAGUCUUCCGUCAUUAAAUUUUUUGCCGGUUAUGGUACUUCAUUCUGUAUCGGCGCAUGUAUGUGGACCGGAUUAGAGAUUGCGGCUGCCGGCAUGAAUCUCUUCGAGUUCCUUCUCUACUCGAUAGGAAGACGAUUCUUGCCAGUCAGCUGGGCCCCAGAAAAACCUUUCAAUCCUCGAAGAUAUCCACCCUUAUUCUCCAAACCUUGGGAGAGCAAGAGCAUGAGUGAAUUUUGGGGAAGAGGCUGGCACGCAUUGUUCCGUCGAGAUCUAACGUUUUGUGGAGCACUGCCGGCAUUCAAAUUGGCAGCUAUGCUAGGGUUUGGCAAACAAGUUCAAAAGCUGUCUGGAUUGAUGGGUGCCAUGUUUUUGAGUGGUCUGAUGCAUGAAUACGCAAUCGCCAGUAUUAGCUGGGAAAAAACAGGUCCCCAAAUAAUCUUUUUCUUCAUGGAAUGUGCGAUAGUCAUGGCAGUGGAGAAUUUGAUUGAGAAACACACGAAGAUUAGGUUCAAAGGGAUUUGGGGAACCAUUUGGACUUUUGGCUUUCUCAUGUAUUUUGGAAAACCAGGCCUAGAUCUUUGUGGCGCUGGAGUCAAAUUCUUUUCCCUGCUGGAUUUACACACCCUAGUAGGUGAUGCUUUUGGUGGUACUUCAGAGGCCCUUCAAUAUCAAGCCGGUCCUGUUGAAGGUCAAUACCAAAGAUAG